AUGCGGUCGCGUUCAGAUCGCGAUCGCGAUCGCUCGCACUCGCAGCGCAAUCGAGAUGAGAGCGAUGCCGCCAUUGCACUGCGUUUCGGUGCGCCUCUGCUGACACGCGAGGACUACUAUGUUCGGAGUGGCGAGUUCAAAGCGUGGUUGUCGUUGAGGGGGGUAUUUCUGGACGAGGUGUCGUCGAGCGAGGCACGAAGGUAUUUUGAUCGGUUUGUUCGGCGGUGGAAUGCGGGUCGGUUGCAAAGCGAGUUUUACAGCGGUCACAUAAGGAGUAGUGGUAGUAGUGCGGGUACGAGGCAUACAUGGGGGUUUACCAAGAGCAAAGCAUGGGAAAACGAGAGAGAGAAGCUAGCUGCGAUGCGCGAUACGGUUGAUACGAUGACCAACGGCGAGAGUCGCGGUGCGAUCGAGGCGCGAGAUGCCGAAACGCACGCCAAAACGUCUCGAGACGAGCAUCUAUCUCUGUUGGAUCAACGAGCUUCGCGCACGAUUGGCUCUAGCAGUACGCAAGUGAAUCGAGAUGUGGAUCGACAACAUACCGCCACGAUCGCUCGUAUCGCUAGCAUGGACCGCCAACAACGGGAGCGCCAGAACGCGUUGGAUGAAUACGAUGCAAUCCAAGGCUGCGCCACCGGUCGAGAUCGCAUGCUCGAACGAAAACGUCAGAUCAACGCCGACAAGCGCGCAUUUGCUAAUCGACGUGACGACGGACUGGAAAUGGACGAUCGUGAGCUGUACGAUCCCGCACCCACCGCGGAUCACGCUUUAGCAGAAACAGCGAGUAGCAGACACCUCGCUAAACAGCAAGGCGCCGAGCAGAGGAGCGCCGAAAACAGCCAAAAACUCGCAGCGAUCAAGCGCAAGGACGCGCAGACGAUGGCCAUGUUUCGUGCGCUAGCCGCCGAGAGGUUCGGUAAGCGCGCACAAACACGAAACAGUCACGAGUAA